GGUCAUAUGCCGGGGGCGGGGCGGGCCCGCACGCUGCUGCUCCGGCUCCGCGGCCGCUCCGCGCCUGUGGCGGCCCCGACCCGCCCGGCCCCGCCAUGUCCCCCGCCGCGCUGCUCCGGGCGCUGCCGCUGGCCGCGCUGCUGCUGCUCGGCCCGGCGCGGGCAGUCCGGCAGGCGCGGAGGCCCAACGUGGUGCUUAUCCUCACCGACGACCAGGACGUCUGCCUGGGCGGCAUGACCCCUCUAAAGAAGACUAACACUCUUAUUGCCCAGAUGGGAAUAACCUUCGCAAAUGCAUAUGUCCCCAGUGCACUUUGCUGUCCCAGUCGAGCUAGCAUUUUAACAGGAAAAUAUCCACAUAAUCAUCAUGUCGUCAAUAACACACUGGAAGGGAACUGUAGCAGCAAGUUGUGGCAGAAGAUUCAAGAACCAUACACCUUCCCAGCACUGCUCAAAGCUAUGUGUGGUUAUCAAACAUUCUUUGCUGGAAAGUAUUUAAAUGAGUAUGGAGCAGAGGAUGCAGGGGGAGUAGGUCAUGUCCCUCCCGGAUGGAGUUUUUGGUAUGCUUUGGAGAAAAAUUCAAAGUACUACAACUAUACUCUCUCAGUAAAUGGCAAAGCACGAAGGCAUGGUGAGAACUACAGUGUAGAUUAUCUGACAGAUGUACUGGCCAACAUGUCAUUGGACUUCUUGGAGUACAAAUCUAAUUUUGAACCCUUUUUUAUGAUGAUCGCAACCCCAGCGCCGCACUCCCCUUGGACACCUGCUCCACAGUAUACAAAGAGCUUUCAGAAUGUCAGUGCACCAAGAAACAGCAAUUUUAAUAUUCAUGGCAAGAACAAGCACUGGUUAAUUCGACAAGCAAAGACUCCAAUGAGCAACUCUUCAAUACAGUUUCUUGAUGAUGCUUACAGAAAGCGGUGGCAAACUCUGCUGUCAGUAGAUGACCUGAUAGAGAAAGUUGUGAAGAAGUUGGAAGUGAAUGGAGAGUUAGACAACACGUACAUCUUUUACACAUCAGACAAUGGCUUCCACACUGGCCAGUUUUCUUUGCCAAUAGACAAACGGCAGCUCUAUGAGUUUGAUAUCAAAGUUCCAUUGCUAGUUCGAGGACCAGGGAUAAAACCAAAUCAGACAAACAAGAUGCUUGUUGCAAAUAUUGAUUUGGGGCCCACUAUUCUGGAUAUUGCGGGAUAUGACUUGAAUAAGACCCAGAUGGAUGGGAUGUCACUGCUGCCACUGUUGAGAGGAGACAAAAAUGUCACGUGGAGAUCAGACUUCUUGGUGGAGUACCAAGGAGAAGGAUACAAUGGCAGUGAUCCUACCUGUCCUGGCCUAGGACCUGGAGUCACACACUGCUUCCCAGACUGUGUCUGUGAAGAUUCCUAUAACAACACAUAUGCUUGCGUGAGGACCCUGUCAUCUUCCUGGGAUCUGCAGUACUGUGAAUUUGAUGACCGGGAGGUGUUUGUGGAAGUGUAUAACUUGACUGCAGACCCACACCAGAUCAAUAACAUUGCUAAAACAAUUGAUCAAGAAAUUCUAGAGAAGAUGAACUAUCGACUAAUGAUGCUGCAGUCCUGCUCAGGAGCAACUUGCCGUACACCAGGUGUCUUUGAUCCCGGGUACAGGUUUGACCCACGGCUCAUGUUCAGCAAUCACGGCCUACGGGCUCGGAGGUUUUCUGCACAGUUCUUGUAAGACCCUUUGGGGCCUCUUGCAAUGGGCUCCCAACCAGUUUCUCCAGUGACUGCAGCAGGUCUGUCUCUGUUAACUUUUGCUGAUUACAGCUGGAAGACUUUUAAUGGGCUUUUCAAACCCUGUUUGGAAGGAAACCCCUUGUCUUUAGCUGGUUGCCUUGUGCAAUAUAUAUAUUUUACGGCUGAACUCUAACUGUAAAUUGUUAGACACAGCUAAUCUGUCUUGCUCAGAUCGUUGAUUACCACCUUUGUCUUUCAAGUACCUUUUCAUAUCACAGGCACAGAGGUGAACCUAUGUCUAUGAAUCUGAACAGUUUAUUUUGUUCUAAAAAAUAAGUGUGUAUUUGAGUCAGGUUAGAUAGGCAGGUGCUAUUGCACAGUAAUGCUCACCCAUAUUCAGUGUCACAGACCUUCUUAAAAUCUGUGCCUAAUUAUUGGUUUCCUGUAUUGAGCUCCAGGCUGUUAAGGACAAUAGCAAACUAGCCCAAAAGAGAGUAGGAGGGCAUUAGUCAAAAGUGUAGGAUCUGAGUAGCAAGUGUCUUGUACAGAAUGAACAUCCAUCUAGUAAAUAGUCUCUUGCAAUGAGACCACUUUGAGAUGAGACCAAUGAAUUUUGUAGGACAGCUUUGGUAGCUUGCAAACAAGAAUGUAAUUUCAGUCUCCUGGUUUUAAUUGCUAGGCUGGGUUACUGUGUACUACUGAAAAACCUUUUAGGGUUUUAGACUGACUUCCUAGUGAGUUAAGAGACUGUUGAUACUAACAAGUAUUCAAGUAAGUGUGCCUGUGCUUUGAGCUAACUCUUCAGUCUGUUUUAAUACACAAACAGAAGUAAUACUAAAAUAAACAAAAUCCAACAACCAGGGUACCACAGUAGAGGUGAUCUGUUUCUAACCUCCAAAUCUCUCGAAUUGUCUAACUUCUUAUGUUGAUUUGACUCUUGAAGGUAAAUUAUUUUGAAAGCAUCUAGGUAAAAAUAAAUCAUAGAAUUAUUGCUCACUAGACAUUAGGCUAAGAUCUAUUUUAGGCAGUUUAAAUGCUUCAUAGAGUGUUGCUUUUUGAUUGAGACCCAGCUACUUGGAACCUGCAGAAAGUGGCCUUCACACCAAAGGUCUGCAUGUCAGAAGUCACUUGGUUUCCCUCCAAAAGGGUGAUGUCUUUUCAGCCUUCUGAUUAGGCUUAUCUGAAAUGCAGCCAUCAUGUGCACCCAAACUUGAGUAUCUUUCUAAAUCCUGAAAAACACACAAACUUGUAUUACCAUGUAACUUCUGUAUAGAUUCACUGGCAAAACACCGUCUGGAAACACUGAAUUAUGGACCUUCUGCAAGUCGUGUUGCUUGUGGGCAAAUCAACUCUGUUUUCAGGCAUGAUAAUCAUUCCCUUGUCAAACAGAUUGUAGCAAAACUAUUUAGUGUUCAGUUAUUUCACAUCUCCUACCCCACUAGAGAGCAUGAUUAUUUCAACUAAUCAUUAAGUAGGCAACAGAGGAUGACUCAAAACUGUGAAGAUGUGUACCCCAGUGUGCAGAUAUACCAACUGGAUACAAGCGAUGCUACAACAAAAUAAGUUGAAUUUUCUUGGCUUUUAGUUCUGAGGCACAGAAGUCCUUAAUGUAGCUUAGAGUUGCAAACUUCUGUGGUGGUCUACAGGUUUGAUUAUUAUAGAACUUUUGUUUCUAAUCUCUCACAAGUGACCAAAUAUUUGCAAGAAAAAAAAAAAGCUUGAAAGGUAAUGUUUCAGCUGAGGCAUCUGUAUAAAUGCAGAGGGUUUUGGAUAGUCAGACUCCUUAGAUGCUUUCAAAGACUCAGGACUUUGUUUUCUCAACUACAACUGUAGCUUUAUCCUGCUUUUUGUUUCUCAACUUUAGUAUUGGCCAUCAGUAUUCUUUAUACACUGUUUUGUCUCUAGAAACCAAACCAAAGUUGUCUUCAUGCUCCCAAGGGUUUUCUUACUGACCUUGUGUAGGUAGUGUUUUGCUUGGAGAAUUCUAGCACUUCUGACCUGUUCUUUGUUUAAACUUCAUUUUGGUAGCUGUGUGGAGGCCAGUGUGAAAUAUAUUGACUGCUGCACAUUAAACCCUCAUCAGUCCUAUCAAAUCUGGGUUGUACAUCAGGUUUCUGCUUAAGUUUCAGUGCAAGUAAUGGGCAUUCUGUUGCUCCUUAUUAGAAAAGCAUCUUUGUUAUGGGUAUAGAAAUAUAAUUCUAAUACAGUCUUUUCUUAAAGUGAUUUUAAGCCCUAAUAAGGACAUGUUCUUUUGAAUUAUUUAUUUUUUGCCUAAUUAGUAAUAUGAAAGUUGACAGAAUUGAUGCAGAUUAUUCAGUAUGAGUGACCAGAUGUUUUACCUAAAUUAAUACUCUUGCUGUCUGCACAUACCUGUAAAGCAUUUCAUUCCAAGGCUCAGUAAUAUGACAGUCUCACUGUCAGAGAACCACAUUAUACCUGAAAUCUGGCAUAGGUAGUAAAUGUUCUAUUAAACUGAAAUUCAGAAUUAAAUUCAUCAGUCCUUAGUGGUUUAGGAGAAUAUUUGAUUUGCUCCCACUUUUGCUAAAGACCUGAAAAUCGUUAAGCAUGUAGUGAAAGAAAGAACAGGAACCAAGAGCUGCCUGCCUUCCAUUGCUUUUAGAGUAGUUUAUCACUUGUGUCUGUUGCCAUAAAGCAGUUAAUUCUGAAUAUUUUUACAGCCACAAAUGAACAGUGUUAAUUCUUAUCCUUGAUAAUUAAAAAAAAAACCACUAUGAAGGAUCUUUGAUUCUCAUCCAGAUCUAAUUCCCAGCUAAGUUAUUUUAAAACUAAAUGGUCUUUCUGGAUAUUCCCUUUCAUGUGUUAUUUGACCAUGGCUGCAUCUAUAUCUGGUUAUGGAAGGCAUUCAUGUUAAACAUACAGAGUUUUAAACAAAGGGCCUUACUGGUACAGAGUUGAGUUUAAAUAAAAUGUGAUCAUGUUUUUUACUUUUUUAAAAAAUCAUUAUUACCAAAAGCAGAGCUGUGAUUUUUUUUUUUUUUUAAUGAUCUGAUCUGGUAAAGUAGAUACUAUACAGGGAGAAAUACAAUUAAUAACUUCCUUAUGUUACCCUAAAUCAAGCCAACAUUCAUUAUCAUCACUUCAGCAUAAGUGAAUCCAGCCAGUACGUGCUUACCCAGCAUGGGCCCAGAAAAUUUGGCUUCUUCAUUUUGGGGAAUGAAGCUGUAGCAGGGAUGUGUACAUGGAAACGCACCCAAAGCAGGUAUAAUACCUUUCCAAUCAAGUUAAAUUUGAGACUGAUUCAUCAAGCUGAAUACAGUAUUGAACAUAAUGAAACAGCUGUCAUUUAUUGUGAUUCAAUUAAAAAUUUCUUCUUGUAUGUCUCUCUGUAUGUGAGCAUACUUUGCUGUAGCAUGUUGUGAGUAUAUUUCUGCUAUUUGAACAUCUGUUUAGAAAGUGCCCUUCCAGAGGACCCUGUUCACUGCUGCACUUUUGAAGAAAGAAAAAAAUAAACUGCCUAUCAAACUUCC